CGCCGAGAGCCGCCGGGUCGCCGAGCUGGGGCGCACGGCCAGCGAGCGGCAUGGAGCCCAGGGCUGCGGACGGCUUCUUCCUGGGCGACGUGGGUUUCUGGGUGGAGCGCACCCCCGUGCACGAGGCAGCCCAGCGGGGCGAGACCCUGCAGCUGCAACAGCUCAUUGAGAGCGGUGCCUGUGUCAACCAGGUCACGGUGGACUCCAUCACGCCCCUGCACGUGGCCAGUCUGCGGGGCCAGGUGCAGUGCGUGCAGCUGCUGCUGGCCGCCGGGGCCCAGGUGGACGCCCGCAACAUCGACGGCAGCACCCCGCUCUGUGACGCCUGCGCCUCGGGCAGCAUCGAGUGUGUGAAGCUCUUGCUCUCCUACGGGGCCAAGGUCAACCCACCCCUGUACACUGCAUCCCCACUGCACGAGGCCUGCAUGAGCGGAAGUUCCGAAUGUGUGAGGCUUCUUAUUGACCUUGGGGCCAAUCUGGAAGCGCACGAUUGUCAUUUUGGGACCCCACUGCAUGUUGCCUGUGCCCGGGAGCAUCUGGACUGUGUCAAAGUACUGCUCAAUGCAGGGGCCAACGUGAAUGCAGCAAAGCUUCACGAGACAGCCCUUCAUCACGCGGCCAAGGUGAAGAACGUUGACCUGAUCGAGAUGCUCAUCGAAUUUGGAGGCAACAUCUACGCACGGGACAACCGGGGGAAGAAACCCUCCGACUACACGUGGAGCAGCAGCGCCCCUGCCAAGUGCUUCGAGCACUACGAAAAGACACCUCUGACCCUGUCACAGCUGUGCAGGGUGAGCUUGAGGAGGGCCACCGGCGUCAGAGGGCUGGAGAAAAUCGCCAAGCUGAACAUCCCACCCCGGCUCAUCGAUUACCUUUCCUACAACUGAGCUGCAGGCAAGGGAGGCGGGAGCAGGCUGGUGGCACCGUGGCUGCUGACCUUACUGAGCCCAGCGUCGGGCUGCACAGGCUUCUGCCGUGUUUGUCUGAAGCGGUGCAGUUGCCAUAGAUAGAACAACGUUCCCCGAGUCCCUUUGAGCUGUCCUGUUUUGUCCUCUCCGCCGACUCCUGGAGAAUGUUUCCAAGGCAUUAGGAAGGCCCUGCCUCAGCUUCUGCUGGGGGCAUGUUCCUGUGCUGGCUCUUCUAGAACUCCGCUCUAACUCUGUCCAGUUGUUCUCUUUUCACCGACCUUCCUCAGAGGGACUCUCAGGAAAGACUUUUCCGGGAGCACAGGGGAAGGCCAGGUGGGGCUGGGGGUCCAGGGCACUGCUGCUAAUUUCCACAUGUCCAGGAGGCCCAGCCACCUGGUGCCAUCUCUAACUCAUUCAGCACUAGGGUGGCGCUGGGCGUGCAAAGGGAGGCUCCUGUGCUGCAGAGAGGGGCCCAUGGGAGGUCGGGUCCUGACCACAUGGCCCGUGACGGCUGCUUUGGUGACACCCUGCCACUUGGGAUGCUGUUUUCUGGAGCCUCGGUGGGCUCUUUCCAAGGCCCACCUGUGCCCAGGUGUGGUCAUCACUCAGGGGGUUUUUUAUGGGUCUGAGUGGGGGAAGGCACGGGCUCUUUAUCCCCUACAACUAGCACAGUGUUUCUUAGGAAGUUUUUCUUCAGUUUUAGGUCUCAACUCUUUUAAAAAGUUUAUGUAGGGGAUAAAAACUUUUAGAGGCUAUAAUAGGCUGUAACCCUUAGGUUUUGUUAAUGAGUCUAAACAACAGGGAAUGUGAGGUGUGUUAGCACGUAUAACCAGGAGUACCCGUUUCUAAUGGGAAGGGCUGUUAGGAAACUCUUUAGGGAUUGGUUUUCAUCUUUUUCUACAGAUGACUUCCUCUCCCACUCUAAAUUAUGCUAACUCCUUGAACCUCUGAAAUUGGCAGAAGAGGUUGCCGGCAGCCCUGGGUGCCGUCCACCAGCGAUUCAUUCAUUUUGUGGAUACUCAUGGAACAUCUGUUAUGCUGAAGGCGU